AUCUCAUAGAACUGAUUUAAUGCAUAACUUUUCACUCGAUAAAUAAUAUAAUGUAUGCAACAAAAUUAGGUGUAUACUUUUUGAUCCUUGUUUUAAUCAAAAUAGCAAAAUCUUGUGUAAUCAGUAAUCACAUGAUUGAAAUCAAUGUUUAAACAUUUCUGCGAAGAAAAUAAAUCUUUGAAAUGUAUAGAAAAUAAUUUAUAAAAUCUGAUGAUUUUAUCUAUUGUUUCUUUUAUAUUAUUUCAACCGCCAGUUGAUUAUUUUAAUCUUCCUGUUAUUUAUGUGUAAAUGUGUCAAUAUUAUAUGAUUGGUGAAGAUACUUUUUAACUAUAUCAACUGACAAUAUAUAAGCAAAUAUAUAUAAACCAUAAUGAUCGUAUUGAUAGAUUACUUGAACGACUCAAUCAACGCUGACUUUCAAUGAACAUCAUCUCAACCACUAAAAUUCUCAUUUCCAUCAUUCCACUUCUAAUUUCUCUAAGAUAUAUCUAUGGAGAGAAUCACUGUGCAGAUACACCAAAAGUUCUACUGAUUUCUCUUGAUGGAUUUCGUUACGACUAUUAUGAUUUAGCUAAAGCAAUGAAUAUCAAUAUUUCAGCAUUUGAAAAGAUACAACAGAGUGGAUUUCGAAUACUUAAAUUGAUCAAUGAAUUCCCAACUUCAACUUUUCCAUCACACUUUUCCAUGGUGACAGGAUUACAUCCUGAAAGUCAUGGAAUAGUAGACAAUGUGUUUUAUGAUCCUAUUUUAAAUAUCACAUUCUCAUAUAAGAACCAGUCAGCAGCAUCUGAUUCAAGGUUUUACGAUGUUGGUGCUGAACCGAUCUGGGUAACAAAUCAAAAGCAUGGUUAUAAAAGUGCAGUAGCCUUCUGGACUGGAAGUGAAGCGAAAAUCAAGGGAUUACGACCUAAUUACUAUCUGACACCGUACAAUGAAAGCAUCACGUUUAAACAGAGAGUCGAUUUGAUGAUGAACUGGUUCAACAACCAUCAGGUUAAUCUCGGACUUCUGUAUUACCACCAGCCAGACAAAGCAGGACACGUCUAUGGGGCGGGCAGCCAACAGGUGUUCGAAGCAAUUGAGGAGAUCAAUAGUGGAUUGCAGUAUCUGCUCAAUUCCAUCGAUUCACGACCUAAUCUCAAAUGCUCUCUGCAUGUGAUCAUAUCCAGUGACCACGGAAUGACAAAUAUCAGCAAUGAUCGAAUAAUAUAUCUCAACGACUACAUUCAAUCUGAAGAUUACAUAACUGCACCUAGAACUUUCGGUGUGGUUUGGUCAUUGUGGCCGACUUCUGGAACUACCGCCGAGUAUUUAUAUCUCCAACUGAAAAACAAACAUGUGAAAAUGAAUGUAUAUUUGAAACAUGAGCUACCCCAACGUUUGCAUUAUGCUAACAGUGAACGCAUUGGUCCUGUGGUUGUCCACGCUGAUCUCGGAUGGAUGAUUUCGACUGAGACGAAUCGCAACAGCUCUCUGAAAGGACGAGGUGGUCAUGGAUAUGAUCCAAGAAAUGAAGAAAUGUCAUCAUUUCUCAUGGCUAUGGGACCUCGCUUCAACCAUAGUGACAUAACAGUAUUUGAUACUGAGUUUAAACUGGUCGACAUCUAUCAAAUGAUUUGCCUUCUACUCGACCUACAACCUGCACCAAACAACGGCAGUACGCAUCGCAUAUUUCCCUUCUUGAAACAAAGAUACCAUCGGUAUAGAUCAGCUUCCCAAAUGUUGAAAACACCUAAACUCAUUGGGAUUAUCAUUGUUCUUCUUUGUAUUUCAAGUUCAGCUUUAUUUUAAUGAUGACCGAAGUGUAUUUACUGUCUCAUUGAAGUUGAAACGAUAAAUGAUUUGGUCUACUGACACAUCCUUCUCGUUCAAAUGUAUUCCAUAUUAUCUGAGUGUUUUAUAGGCUAAUAUGUUUCCACAAUAUUUUUUUAUGUUGCUAUGAACAGAACAGCAAAUUUCAAGAACUUUUAACUUCAAAUUGAGCUAUACACCUGAGUACUAUAAAGCUCAAAGUUCAAAACAAUAAAUGAAACUGCUCUACAAACAGAUACUGUUCUCUUUUAUUUUGGUGUAUUAUUAUUCUAAUUUAGUAUAAUUAGGCUAUGUUAGUCA